AUGGUUAAAAUCGAAGCGUUUGCGGUCGAGCAGUGGAUGGACGAGUAUGAAACCACUGCCAAGUACAAUACGGCAGAGACCUGCUGCGCAUCGAUUUCCGUGGACGAUCUCAAGGACUUGUCUGAAGACAAAUCCUCCAACCUACUAGAUAUUUCCUCCACCAAGCUCACGUAUGGCUCAAUCCGAGGCUCCGAACAGCUGCGAGGGACAUUGGCCAAUCUCUAUUCGGUCAAGACUCCAACGCCAUUGUCUUCCGACAAUGUGUUGAUUACGCCCGGCGCAAUCCAAGCCAAUUUCCUACUUUUAUAUAGUCUGAUCGGACCUGGGGAUCAUGUCAUCUGUCACUAUCCGACAUACCAGCAGCUCUACUCGGUACCUCAGUCACUCGGGGCCGAGGUGAGUCUCUGGAAGUCCAAGGAGGCUGACGGGUGGAAGUUGGAUAUCAAUGAAUUAAAACAGCUCAUUCAACCGAACACCAAGCUCAUCAUUCUCAACAACCCUCAAAAUCCUACAGGAGCUAUUAUUCCCCAAGCCACGUUAGAGGAAAUCGUCGAGAUUGCACGGGAAUCGAAUAUUCUUAUUCAUUCAGACGAAGUCUAUCGGCCUCUGUUCCAUUCCAUUAGCCCCAUGGAGCCGGAGUUCCCGUCCUCUCUCCUGUCUCUCGGAUACGAACGCACAAUUGUGACGGGCUCAAUGUCUAAAGCAUAUAGUCUGGCAGGUAUCCGUGUUGGCUGGGUUGCCUCGCGCGAUCGGUCCGUCAUUGAAGCGUGUGCCGCUGCUCGACACUAUACAACCAUCUCUGUUGGUCAGAUUGACGAUGCCAUUGCAAGCUAUGCGCUUUCUCCAUACUGCAUUCACAGUUUGCUGAGACGAAAUAUUGAUCUGGCAAAGAAAAACCUGGAAAUUCUCGAAAAAUUCAUCGAAUCCCACCGGUGGGCAUGCGAAUGGGUCAAACCCCGUGCAGGAACAACAGCGUUUGUGCGAUUUACGAAGAUGGGAAAACCUAUAGAUGAUGUUGCAUUCUGCAAGAUACUUCUAGAGAAGACGGGUGUAAUGUUUGUUCCAGGAAGUUUCUGUUUCGGAGGGGGGGAGGAUUUCAAGGGCUAUGUUCGCAUCGGGUUUGUACCUGAGACAGAAGUAUUGGAGAAGGGAUUGGAAGCGCUGGCCUCGUUCAUGGACGAGGAAUAUGAAGAUGUGCCGUCGAUAAAGAAGAACUUAAAUGUCCCUCUGGGCGUCGCUGUUCCUGCCGCCGCGACCACAUUGGCCUAUCUGAACGCACGAUGGUCGCUGUCUUAUGAUUGGAAAAUUAUUCAGGGCAUUCUCAAGAUUGCCUUAAAGUCUCGACUCGCGCUCAAAAGAGAUCAACUCAAUCUGUUCUACGUGCUGGAGAGUUACGCGCUAGGUUCCGCAACCGCAAACCACCCUUUUAUCGUUUACAAUGGCCGUACCUGGACGUAUCACGAAACUUACGAGACAACACUUCGCUAUGGCGCAUGGUUUAAGAAUGUCCAUGGGGUUAAGCCGAAGGAAAUUGUGGCUAUGGACUUUAUGAACUCUUCGACAUUUAUCUUCCUCGUGUUUGGUCUCUGGAGUAUAGGCGCCGUGCCUGCCUUUAUCAACUAUAACCUGUCUGGAAAGCCUUUGACACACUCGGUGCGGACGUCGACAGCGAGAUUGUUGAUUGUGGAUGAGGAAGUCCGCCAAAACUUUCCUGCCGAACAGAUGGAAACCUUUGCUGCUUCUGACUUCCGUGAUGGAGGUGGUUCAGUGGAGGUGGUCUUUUUCACACCCGAUAUUGAGAAUCAGAUCCUGCAAACAGCACCAACCCGACAGGAUGAUAAAUUGCGUACUGGUGUGGUAUUGAGUGAUAUGGCUUUGCUGAUCUACACCAGUGGAACUACCGGUCUUCCCAAACCGGCCAUUGUCAGCUGGAGGAAGUGUCUUUCGGGUGGUAUGUUUGUCAAUAAUUGGUUGAAGGUCAGGCAAGAAGAUCGGCUUUUCACUUGUAUGCCACUUUACCAUUCAUCUGCUGCUCUUCUGGGUCUAGUGAACUGCUUGAUUGGUGGAGCGACAUUAAUUGUCGGCCGCAAGUUCUCCGCUAGGAAUUUUAUGAAAGAGGCGCGUGAGAACGAUGCAACCAUCGUCCAAUAUGUUGGGGAGACGAUGCGAUAUCUCCUGGCUGCUCCGGCGGACAUUGACCCCACCACGGGCGAGGACUUGGAUAAGAAACAUAGGGUGCGCGUGGCAUUCGGAAACGGGUUGCGACCGGACAUCUGGAAUAAGGUUAAGGAGCGAUUCAAUAUCCCCAGCAUUGGAGAGUUCUAUGCGGCCACGGAAGGUACAUCUGGAUCGUGGAACUUUUCGUCCAACGACUUCUCAGCGGGUGCCAUUGGUCGGAACGGCAUUGUCAGCAACUGGCUCUUGGGAAGAGGUCUUGCCAUUGUUGAAGUCGAUCAUGAAUCCCAACAGCCGUGGCGCGACCCCAAGACAGGGCUGUGCAAGGUGGUUCCCCGGGGCGAUCCAGGCGAGCUGUUAUAUGCCAUCGAUGCACAAAACCCCACCGAGACCUUCCAGGGCUACUUCAAAAACCCCAAGGCUACCGAAGGCAAGAUUAUACGCGACGUGGUCAAGAAGGGCGAUGCAUUUUUCCGCACAGGGGACAUGGUCCGAUGGGACAAUGAAGGCCGCUGGUACUUCUCUGACCGACUUGGUGACACUUUCCGGUGGAAGAGUGAGAAUGUGUCGACCAGCGAGGUAGCUGAAGUGAUGGGUGGACAUCCUGAUCUGCACGAGGCCAAUGUGUAUGGCGUGGCUCUGCCCAACCACGAUGGACGCGCUGGAUGCGCAGCCGUUGUCUUCAAGCACCAGAUCGAAGCUGGCGACACCACCUCCGUCAUUGAGCCGUCGAAGGAGACACUGGACAGCCUUGCAGCUCAUGCUUUGAAAAACCUCCCCAGAUUCGCCGCGCCGCUCUUUAUCCGAGUUACACCAGAGAUGCAGGCAACAGGAAACAACAAGCAACAGAAGCAUGUGCUGCGGACGCAGGGAGUGGACCCGUCUCUCGUGGGCUCCACGGAUAAGGUAUACUGGCUCCAGGGAACCAAGUAUGUGCCAUUUGAGCAGAAGGACUGGGAGCGACUUCAGGGUGGACAGGUGAAGUUGUAG